AUGGAAUUGGGAGGAAUCUCCAGUUUGAGUGCUCCUGUCAAUUCCAUCUCUCGGCCGCAAUCACUCUCUGUACACGAUCUUCGCUCUCUCGAUGGUACGCACAUGCCUACUGAAAUGGAUUUAAGCAGCAUUCGGAGGGCGCGGUAUCGGGCUCGGAAAAAUCGUCGUCUUGACGAUAGUGUUCUGCGACCACUUGUCGCAGAGAUUCUUCUCCUUAUCCAACGGUUGCCUUUCCUAUGCCAAAAAUCAAAGCUCCAGCCAAAUAAACUGAAGAUCGACAUCGAUGCGACGGCUGUGGUGUACCACCUCAAGUUCGAAGAGGCUACAAAAUUUCGUCAAUGGUUGACAGCCAUAAAGGAGCAUCGAAGCUACGAUCAGUAUCAAAGCGCCAUCAACUCGUCAGGUCGAGUGACCACCAAUCCAACAGUCUCCAUCACCGUCGCAAACGCUCCACCGCCAGACCCAUCGAGCAUCGGACAACCACCAACGAGACCAAACAAUAUCAGUCUUUACAAUGCUUCGUUAGGCAGACAACAUAAAUUGGCCAAAUCCACCAACAAACUCUCCAAUGAGCACAUUACAACCAUGGAAAAGUUGGCAGCAAAGUUGGAAAACGCCUAUGAGGAGGUUGAAAAGGCAAAAACCAUGAUUUUGACGAACAUUCCAGAGAACGACUCCACCGAAGGAGACAACUCAAGUCCGACACAGAGUGUCUUCUUCUCCCCGGUGCCCUUCAGUUCGUUUGAAGGUCGAACCUCCUCCACCGUGACAGCACACAGACGAUUCAGUUCCAUCUCCUCCACCACCAGUAUGUGCACAGCAGUUCAAGGACCGGCAACAGAGGUGAUUGAAGCAAAAUGCACCAAACCGAGUCACGGCAUCGUCGACAGCACAGCCCUCACCUUUGUUCAAGCCGCAAUAAAGUUCUCCGACGAGGCGAAGCGGUACAUUGAGGAGGCAAAUGAAGGUAAAUCAUGA